UACACAUAAAAAAUGAAGUCAAAAACUCAAUCUGUUUGGGCAAAAAGCAAGCCAGAGUCAACAAUGGGAAGAAAGUUCACAGGUGUAAAGAACAUCCAAAUAGAAGAAUCAAUAAAAUUUUGUCUCGACCAUAACGUGCAAGGCUAUAAAGCUUUGAAAACUGGAUUGUAUCCACUAGUCAAAGAUAAAGAAAUAAUAAAUAGAAGAUUAGACAGAAAAAUAAAAAAUGGUCAGGAAUGUCACUAUUGUACUAUUUUUAUGCUUGAAGAGGAGGAGUCAGUAGUAAACCAUGUCAAGAACAGGAAUAGAAGUCUGGAAGGCACCAACAAGGCAGAGUUGACCAAACUUCUUCUUGACAUCUUAAAGAUAAAGAACUAUAUGAACAGAAGAUGCAAAAGAGGUUGGAAGUUUGUUAAGUUAUCUCCUAAUGCUUAUAAAGAUUAGAGAUAUGGCUGAACAAAGCCUCCAAUUAGAAAAAAUUCCGGAUCUGUUAACUAUUAGGAAAUUAAAACUAAACCUUGAAAAAGCAUCUACAUGAGUUACUCAGGUCUUUGGUUUAAUGCGUGCAAAAGAUGCUGCAGCAAAAGUGACAGAGAUAACAGAAGAAAAGCAAUAAAAGCUAUCAGCAAAGGAGGAAGCAAAAAAAAAAAAAAAAGAAGAAGCUAAAGAAAAACUUAUUAAAUGUAAAAGUGAAUGAAGUUGCAAACAAAGAAAGUCUCAAGCCUUAGGGCUUAAGCAAUGUCCUAUUUGUCUUGACAUUCUUUAUUCAAUUUACAGUAAAGUCAAUUGCAGAGUUGAUGAUGUAAAACUGUGAUGAUUUUACCAGACAAUCAUUUCUCCAACUCUGUUUUCGCAACAAACUGAU